UGACGCACAAAAUAGAUGUUAAGAUAGAAACACUGAAUGCUUAUGACAUAGAUAUAUAACGUGCUACACUCAAGAACAUUCGCCAUAUAGAAGGGUUGUCAUGGCAACGUGGGAUGGAGGAGGAGGAGGAGGUGGAAGAUGGAACUCUCCAGACUCGCCAACAUCCAGACAAGUUUCUCCGGGGUCAGAGGCUUCUGUACGACCAGAUACAGAAGAAAAUGUUGUAAACCAAGCAGAAGAUGUGAUCCGGAACUUUAUGUAUCAGAGAUAUCAACAGGAGCAGAUGGAAGAAGAUCCAGAAACCAUGGAACAAACACCAGCAAUACCAGAGCUGGUUCAUUUCACUUCUGAUCCCAUGAGUCAAGCUUCACAGGUUGGACGUCAGUUAGCGAGAAUCGGUGAUGACAUCAACAGAAGAUAUGCUGACGAAUUUAAUGACAUGAUCAACCAGCUGAAUAUUACUGAGGACACUGCUUAUGAAGUCUUUGCUGGUGUAGCAAGAAAAUUGUUUUCUGAAGGAAUAAACUGGGGUAGGGUAUCAGCACUAUUGUGUUUUGCGUACAGAAUAGCUAUGAGAGUGUUACGCAUCAGGGAACGCGCAUCACGCUUUGCAGAUUUCUUAAAGCUCAUCAUAAACCAUGUUGUCCGCUUUAUCAAAGAGAUGAUAGCUUCAUGGAUCGCUCAGGAAGGAGGUUGGGUCGCAGCCUUAAAGUACAUGCCAUCAGUCAGCUUGAAGACUCUUGGGGCCAUCGCAGGAAUCUGUUUCUUGGCCAUAGGUGCAGUUUUCUAUUUCAACAAGAAAGGAAGUUGAGUGAAAGUACAUUUUAGUUGCCUUCAUUGAUGUUGAUCUCAGCCAGGAAGACUAUUUUGUGACCUGCUCAAAACAUUUUAUGGUCUCAAGAGAAAAAGGAUAAAGUAAUCAGCACACACAGGCAGACAUCAGAUUGUGUGAAUGACUUUUCACAAGUUGUCCAUCUUUUUAUGUAAUUUCCAUUAUUACCAUAUCUAAGCCUACAGUCUGUACAUAGUGUGCCAACAUUUACUCAACAUUUUAUCCAUGCAUUUUUUAAGAUUUCUAUUUCAUCGUCUGUUUUAGUUGUUGCCAUAGAAACAAGUCGUAUCAUUUCUGACAGCAUAUCAACAGAAAUGAAUGACACACUGUUAAAUCUGCAUAUUGGCAUUUUUUUCCUUCUGUGGGCAGAUUUGAUACCUGUGAAACUUUAUAAAAUAUUAUUUAAGAUAAUGGCAAAGAACUGUAUUUUCCCUGUUUUUGAAAUUCAGAACUGGACAACCAAAUUUUGAAGUGAUCUAAAAGAAAAAUUCAGCACAAUGAAAAUAUGCUGUAAAAUUUGAAUCCAAUAUGCAUUCUAUAAGUCAUCUGCAAAAGAAAGUUAGCUUUAUGUAGUUAAAAGAUGAACAGGCAUAUUUAAAUUUUGGGGAAAAAGUAGUAUAUGCUUGGUGAUGAAAUGGACCUUCACUUUCCUACAGUGCUGUUUAUGUUAAAUAAAUGUAAAUGUUGUCAUUUUUCCAUAUUUUAUGUAUAAUUUGUCGGGAUAUGAUCCUCUUGUAAAAGUAGAUUCCCAAAAUAGUGAUGGUUGGUGUGUAUUUCUAAUGGAGAUUUUUGAGAUUUUAACUGACUAGAGAUUGAACCGAGUUUCAGGUGUUUAGUGUGUGUUAGUGUGUGCACAGGUUAUAAAAAGAGCAACAAUUCAUGUUAUAAGAUCAGAUGGGGUAAUUUUAGAAUUAGAAACUAAAUGAUGAAAAUUAGAUCAACGCCUUUAACCAUUUAUUACAAACUGAGGGAGGAUUUUUUUUUGCAAUAUUCCAAAGAAUCAUAUUUUUGAUUGUUAAGAAAAACUAUUUAAUGUUUAGAAGAAUAUGUAUAUUUUCAAAUUUAAAACUAAAUAUGGUGAAUGCAUUUAAUAUUUACCCAGAGUAUACUUUUGAGAAUCAUACUUAUAUCAGAAACACAUAUUUAUUCACAUUAAUAAAACUUGUGUUAGUAAUUUUAAGAACAUGUAUAUGUUUGACGUCAUGCUGGAUACAACAAAUACCAACAUUAAUGCAAAAAGAGGUUCAUCACAAGUUAUUGAUAUAGUGAGAUCAUGAUGACCUAUGACCUGUUAUAUUGACCUUCACUGGCAUCGAUGUAGAUCUAUCAUUAAUAUAUUGUAUUAUAUAAGCCCAUGUCCGAUAAUAAGGCCAUCCAUAUGCCGUAAUCAAUUAAUGUUCAGUUUAAUUGCAAGAAAGUGCUAUUUCAUUGUCCUGCAAUUAGCCCACCCCUGACUUUGAUAAACGAAUGCCCAUUACUAAUGAAACUGGACCUGAAUUGGCAUAAACAUUCAGUACUGUUCAUACAAUAUUCCAACAGUAUAAAGAGAAUGACAUGCAAGGUGUAACAUGGAAGUAGAAUGUAACAGUCCAGCAUUGAUAUUCUUUGUAAAUACCUACAUAAGUACCUGGGUAUGUACAUGUCAUAUUCUUUCUCUGAUAUGCUGGUUAAAUAAUUUCAUACAUAGAUACUUGCUGUAACAGACUGUUUUGUGAUAUUCAUUCAUGUGUGGUAAUUUUGGAUAUUACAUAGAAAAGAACUUGUUUUUUUAACUGGACAUUCCAGUGUAAAAAAAAAAAGAAUGUAUGCAAUUCUUUUUUUUAUCUGUUGAAUUUAAACCAUUAAGGGGAUUUCUUUUCAUUGUUUGACAGAAGUGCCUAAAUGUUGAAUUGGAUGUUUAUUAGAGUAUAUAAGAGAUAUGCUAGUAUAUAUGUUACAUGCCUAACGUUGACUGGAGAUUUUGUUGUACUGGUAUAUAUAUAUAUUUUGUAACUAGAAGUUUAUAGAUUGAGCUUUACGAGGCACGGCAGAAUGUUUUUGAAUGGGUUGAAUUUUUUCACUGUAAGCACUUGUAAACUGUAUAUAGAAUGAUUUAUGGUUGGACAGAUUAUCACCAAUCAAAUUGGUGUAUUUUUUGUUUUCAUAUGAAGAUGUUGUUAAACAUAUUUUGUAACAUAUACACAAGCUCCAAUAUACUGUACAUGUACACAUGUGCUCCACAUGGGCCCCAAUUAAACACAUAUGUACCAAUAAACAUGUUUAUAAAUGUAACUGUACUUAUAUGAUACAUACAUGCUCCAAUAUACUGUACAUGUACACAUGUACCCCUCAUGGGCCCCAAGUAAACACAUAUGUACCAAUAAACAUGUUUAUAAAUGUAACCUCUGUAGCUGUACUUAUGUGAUACGUACAUGCUCCAACAUACUGUUCAUGUACACAUGUGCUCCACAUAGCUGUAUACACUAUAUUGCUCAUAUGCCUAGAUAUGCUCUAGAUGUAUAAACAACAAAUGAUUGAUAUUCAUACAUUUAUGGUUAUGAAUCCCCACAAUGUACAUACAUGUCCCAUUAUACUGUAAUCUGCACUCUUUCAUACAAAGAUGACACAUUAACAUACAUGUGUAUUUCACAUUUAUCCAUUCUGAUACAUUUAAAUUGAUACAGAUACGUUGUGUAAAAAACCACUUCAAAUUACAAAAACUUUAAAAACAAUUAUGUUUCAUAUGAUUAGGUGCAUGUCCACAAGCAGGUUUCAUAUCACUUUAGCAUGCUUAGCUUGUGGACAUAGCUACCUCCUCCUUUUCAGACAUGAUGGAGGUAUGAAAAAGAUACCCAUGUAUCAGUAGGUACACAUCAAUAUAUACAAAUUAAUGUAAAAAAAAUUCAUGAUACUUCUUUCAACAUUGGUGAAGACAUUACUUUAAAAGUUGACAUGUUGACACAUCAGUGAAAAGAAAGAAGAUUGAGGUGAUUUUUAUUUCUCAAGUUAGAAAAAAAUAGCAGUUAUUAAAAUUUUUAGGACAUGGGGACUUGAUGAAACAUUGUAUUGGAGUAAUUAUCAAAAAAUGGUACAUAUACAAGGUAAUGACUUUUCAAAAACUCAAAACUUUACUUUGAAAUAUAUUUGUUGAAAAUGAUUGUCAGAUAUAGGUUGAAGAUGCAAUUAUCUAAUUGUUGAACUUGUUUAUCCAACAAAGGAGAUAUAUGAGAUGUUGGAGGCAAUGUUAUGACCACCAAAACUGUUGUAUAGAUGAAAAUUAUUUUUGUAAUAUUGACAAUAGAUUAAAUGAAUUAAAGGGAGGUAACCAAAUAUAUACUGAAGACCAUGACAGAUUUUCAGCUCGCCUACUUAAACAUAAAUUGAGUAUAUGCUACGACAUCACUUUCUUUCUUAUCUCAGUCUUUCAACUUUUCACUAUUUAAUUUAGAAUGACUGUAUAAUAAAGCAAAAUUGUAACUUAGAUCAUCACAGGGCUAAGGGGCUAAAUUUAGAGUAUAUGAAAUUUGUAAUCCAUUGAGUGUAGAAGGAUGGGAUGAAAUCACUGAAAAAGGGUUGGAAACUUUGAAAGACUGCUUUAUCUGUAUGAAUGAGUUGAGUUUUUGGUGUGAAAGAAGAUCUAAAAGACAAAAUGUUGUAUAAAUGUGUUCAUUGGCAAGUAAGUAAACAUGGUUGGUAUCACGUGUUAAAAAUUGAUUGGUGACUAACAUCUGGAAUUGAUGACAAACAUUAAGCUAUUGGUUUGUUUACUGUCAUUUUGAAUCUAUUAUGCAUGUAUUAUAUACAAUGUAAGUAAUUAUCAGGUGAGAUUUUAAAAAUAUUCUUUAUACCUGUGCUUGUUUGCAGAUUGUGUUGCUUUAAGACUGACGUUUUGUUUGUAAGUGGCUUUGUAUAUACACAGUGCUUCUAUGGUGUUGCUUCAAGGCCUUUAAAUUCACAAGAUUGUAUUUAUCUGGGUAUCUAUUUUGAAUUCAGGUUUAGAUAUAUUAUUGAUUGAUUCUUCACCUGUCUCUGAUAAUCAAAUAUCCCUUGUAAAUGAGAUAGUCAUCAGAAUAUGAGCCAUUUUUAUAUUGUAAAUUCAUGGAGUAUUUUUUCCCGUGUGCUGAUUAGUCAAAGCAUAGGUCUGAAUAUACUGCAGUGUUACACUGCAAAAGGCAGGAUAUGUACAUGUGAGGUGAGUAUAAACCAAAACCCUGUUUUGCAAUUCUCAAGUAAACAUCUGUUAACUUGUUUUUUAAUUUUUGACCAAUCAGAAGCACAGAUUAUUAUCAUAUGAUAAAACAAUUAUCACCAUGUUUUCACUGACCUUGAGAAACAUGAUCUUCCAAGGUUAAUAAAUCCACAUAUUCACCUGAAAACAAGUCAAUAGUUGUAUCGUUAAUAUCUAUAUUUCCCUGUUAUCAUAGUAUAUAUGUGUUUAAGUGUUGCCAGAGUUCUAGUUGUUUAAGGGGCUAUAUAUAGUCCCCCAUUUUUCAGCUGUGCAAAUUUUACCUCUUUAUCCAAACUAUUAGCUGAAAUAUUAAAAAUAAUCUGAACAGGUGGGCUUCAUCAUUAUGCAAAUUUCAAGUCCUUGUUAAAACAAUUAUCUUAAAUGUUGAAAUUUACUUACCAUCAAACCUCAUUAUUAUGCAAUUCUUAAAAACUUGUGGGAUCUAAAAACAUGUUUUAUACUGUAGUUGCCAAUACUUUAUUUUGGAUGUUACAGGUUUUAGAAUGUGAAUUGUUUUAUUGGCAAAUUAAGAAACAACUGAGCAUCUGUGUAAUUGAGUUUCCAUCUUUCUGAUUGACAAAUAAGCCAUGCAACUACUAGCGCUACCAGGGGCAGAAUUAAGGAUGCGUAACUCUAAUCUUUUUAGAGUAAAAAUAUAACAAGUUUGAAUUGAAUGUAUCUGCAGGUUUGGGAAACCAAUAUACCAAGCUUUCAUUCUGGCCUCUACAAGAAUCUUUGAAAAAUCUGUCGGUAUAUUUCUGUUUAAGAUGUAAAAUACAGGUUCAUGAACAAGAAACUGUGUGAUCUGUUAUGAAAACAAAGAAAUUAAUGUGAUGGAUGAGCUGUGUGUUCAAGCUAGUGAGAUUUAACUGAAAAAGGGAAAGGAUUAUUUGUUACCUGUUUUUGCUCAGUUUUGCUACUAGUCAUAUGGUCUGAGAUUAUUUCUGUUCUUUCUGUUGAAUUUCGUUGAAACUCACCCGAAGUUUGAUUGUUUUAGUUUGGCUAAGGCUACUGUUAAGGUACUUAAUUUGACACAAUCAAAUUUAAGGGCAUUAUUACUUUUUGGCAAUUUAGUACAAAGAUGAACGAAUGCAUCCACAAUUGUAGCUAUAAAGACAAAAUACGGAAAGUAAAAUUUGACACCAUUAUGUUUCAGGGCGGAUAUCCUCAGCUUGAAAAGAGCUGAAUCGUUUCUGCUGAAAUAUGUAGGUUAUCAGUAUCUGAACUGAAUGACAUAAAAGUAUGAAUUGUACAAUACUUUUGUACCGAGUAUGAGACACAGCUUUGUUUAUAGUAGUAAUAGGUUCACACAGUUUAGGGUUUAUUACUCGAGGAUGAUCUCAAAAGAAUCUGUUUGUCCAGAGAAGUUUCUUUGAUACAAGAUACCUUUGUAGUUUUGGGAAUGUGGUAAGCAUUAUUAAUUUUUGUUAUGAAUUUUCAUUGGCAAAUAAAACUUGGAUAUUACAUUAUAUUGAAUAUUUUUGUUGCAUUGUGAUAUGAUUAAAAAACCUCCUGUAAAUCACACUAAUGAUAUUUUGUACAUGUGCACAGCUUGAGUGGAAUUUCCUUGAAAAAAAAGAAAAUCUACCAAUCAUUUUUGCUGCUGUUUCAGUUGUUUACACAAAAAUAUAUAUCAUUGAAUGUAUGCAUCUUUCAUAACUUUUUGAUGCUGCAAUAAAAAAGUAUUGUCAAA